CUUAGACAGGCAUCCUACAUUUGCUAUGGAUAUUACAUACGUCACCGAAAGAAUCAUUGUUGUUGUUUUCCCAAAGACAGAAUCUGAUGUCACAUAUAAAAAUAAUUUGAAAGAAGUAACGCGCAUGCUACGCACAAAACAUGGCACAAGCUACAUGGUUUUCAAUUUGUCAGAAAAGCGUUAUGACUUGGCAAAAUUCAACAACAGGGUAUUAGAAUUUGGCUGGCCCCAAAAUCUAGCCCCACCUUUAGAAAGGUUGUGUAGUAUUUGUAAAUCAAUUGACUCAUGGAUAUACAGUGAUCCACAAAAUAUAGCCAUAAUCCAUUCUAAGGGUGAUAAAGGCAGAGCAGGUAUUGUGAUUGCUGCAUAUAUGCAUUACAGCAACAUUUGUGCAAGUGCUGAUCAAGCUCUUGACAGAUUUGCUAUGAAACAGUUUUUUGAUGACAAAUUAUCAGAUUCUAUGCAGCCCUCACAGAAAAGGUAUGUUCACUACUUUGCUGGUCUUUUAUCUGGUGCAAUAAGAAUGAAUAAUAAUCCUUUAUACUUGCAUCGACUAAUUAUACAUGGAGUGCCAAAUUUUGAUGCAAGAGGAGGAUGCAAACCUUUUUUAAAAAUAUAUCAAGGGAUGCAGCUCAUUCACACAUCUGGAAUCUAUUCUGCAACGGAAAAGUCUCGAAAGAUAAUAGUUUCCUUUGAUGCUGGACUGCAGGUCAGAGGCGAUGUAUUUAUUAAAUGUUAUCACAAAAGUACUCGUCCGCUGGCAAGGUAUACUAUUUUCCAACUUCAAUUCCACACCUGUACAGUUGAAUCUGAUCACUUGACAUUUGAAAAACAAGAAUUAGAUUCUGCAAACUCAGAUUCUCGUUUUCCUUCAGUUGGAAAAGUGGAACUCUUAUUUUCUUUUCAUCGAGAAGACUUCCGAGGAAAUGGCUCGGUUCAAGAUUCUGUUGUGCCCCUUGAUGGUUCCAAUGAUCCUCUAGUGAAAUGGGACUCAUAUGAAAAUUUUGAUAUUAUACCUGAAGAUAAUAUGGAUGAAGGUCCUUUGGAUGGUAGUUUGUACGCUACUGUCACAAAGAAGAAAUAUUCUGAUGUCCUGAUUCAUACACACAUGAAUCAAGACACAUUUGGCGAUGUUGAAGGACCCCACAGUAUUGAUUCCGGAAUAUCUUCUAGUUCUGGUAUACGUAACACUGAUGCAGACAGCCAUAUUAUAUCUGAGUCAUCUGCUCCCCGAAGUACUCCAUAUUCCAAUUUCAAAGAUGAACAGGCAGAGCUGGAUGAGUUAGUGCAUGGAAUGCUUAAAGAAAUUCAGUCUAUACCUGAUGCUCCGGUUUAUAGUAGUUUAAGGCCCUUUGCUGCAACAUUAACGUCUCAAUCUCCUAAAACACGUAAUUUUAACACCAUAACAUCAACAAACAUGCAAAGAAUCGAGUAUUCAACACCUACCAGCAUCAUUAGUGUAAAUGGAAACAAACAGGUGAACUAUCCAACUUCUACAAAAUCAGACUCUUAUUACCAGAAGCAAGAAGUUUUUUCUGAAGAUGAAGAAAAUAUCCCUUACCAUGCAAGAAAAUCAACUUCACCCUUUUCUUAUGGAGUCCAAAGUCCCGUAUUUGAAAGAAAACGCUUGUUAUCAGAUGGACAUCAACCCCUUGGUCUGCUAGAAAAGACUAAAGGAGAUAACCAAUACUCGUGGCUUCAGAGGCAGCAGGAUAAACUAAAAGCUCGCCGAGAAGGAAGGACAUGGGAAGAUCGUCAUCAGAAAGAACAAUUACUUCUAGAUGAACUAAGAAGGACACAUAAAAGAACGUUGCCAAAUGGUGAAUCAACUGAUGACGUUAGUCUUGGCUUAGAUUUUUCAUCAUCAUCCAGAGAGACAUCACCACCAAAAGGUCUGAGCUACACACUUCCAUUGCAUGUUAACACUUAUAACGGUCAUUCAUCUUCAACACAACCUGCUCCAAUAAAGCCUCCGACGUAUAAGAAUACAAGUGCCCCAUCCUCUCCAUUACUUCCACAAAGGAGUAGUAGCAAAGAAGUGACUCGUUACAGGUACCCCCAGUUUCAAACCCAGAGUAAAAGCCUCACGAGGCAAAAAUCUGAUACAUCAUAUGACAGAGAGCGGCCUUUUGUUACAGCAAAGAAGGCUCACCAACUGGCAAAAGAACAAAUAGCACACAAUCAAACUUCUCCACAGAACGUAAUUGCAUCUUCUGCUGUCUAUGGAAAUAUUUACUCUCCAAAACACGAUGCUCCAGAUUCAGGACUUUUAGGCGUAGCACAUAAUACACCAGCAAAUACAAAACUAGACAAAUUAGAACAAUCCCUUCAAGCUAUAGUAGUACCUUCUCGAAGUCCAACCAGCAGUCCACAUGACAUGCAAAGUUCGCCUCUCCCUUACAUGCAGUCAACACCAAAGAGUAAUUAUAUUGGAGAUUCUGCUUCUUGGUCCCCUUCAGUUGUUGGUUCAAGUCCUCCUAGUAGUCCUUCCAGAAUGGACAGGCCUGUAACACCAGCUUUUCCUGUACCGCCUGGCACACCUUAUCAAAAUCAAGAUAUGACUGGAUCUGCUUUGCCUCCCAAGAGUCCGUUAUUAUCACGCUUUUCUCCAAGCCACAGACUAUCUUUUAGAGAUUCUUAUGCUAUAAUGAAUCAUCGUAGAUGGUCCUGUCUAACGGAAACAAGCUUGAAUAAAGAUCGCAGUCCUUCCCCGGCCACAAUACCUGGUUUGCAUCAUGACAUCUUGUCUCGUUCAACUAGUUACAAUGGUCAAAGCUCACCUGCUCCAUAUUAUAGUCACUCAAGACCUUCUAGCAUGGUUUCCUUAAAUGAGUCAUCCGAAGCAAUUCAACAUCAGUUAAUGUUUGUGAAAGAUACUUCCAAAUAUUGGUACAAGCCAAAUAUUUCAAGACAACAAGCCAUAGACGUCUUGCGAAAUGCAACACCUGGUACUUUUAUCAUCAGGGACAGCAAUAAUUUCCCCGGUGCCUAUGGUCUGGCAUUAAAAGUUGUAGCACUUCCACCCAAUGUACAAAUUAAGCCAGAUGAUGACAUGUCUAAUGAAUUAGUCAGGCAUUUUCUCAUUGAACCAACAUCUAAGGGAGUGCGUUUAAAAGGUUGUCCCAAUGAGCCUGUGUUUGGAAGUUUAUCUGCCUUUGUUUAUCAGCAUACCAUCACACAGUUAGCUCUGCCAUGUAAAUUGGUACUACCAGAAGAAGAUAUAGCACCAGUCACUGAUGGAAAUGAUAUCAAUCAUGAAUCUUUGUUGGCACAAGGAGCUG